AUGGCUACGUUUUUCCAGAGUGUGGUUUGGCCGGGUGGAAACAACAAGAACAACCCUCCCAAGAGCCCCGUACAAGCUCAAGCUCCCGCCAUGCCGAACUCGCAUUCGCUUUCCAAUAGCCUCACGAUCGAUAACAUCGCCGCUAACGACCCGGAUGCCCCCAAGUACUUCUUCCAGGAGAAAUAUGCCCCGCUUAAUGUGAGAGGCAACUUCUUGACCCUGUGUGCUUGUCCGAAGAAUGUGGAAUUGGGCGAGUGGUUGGCCCAUCAGAUUGUCGAACAAUAUCGUCUACUCCACGGCAUGCUCCAAGUCAUCCAGGAAGUGAACUCUGUAAAUGGAUUCCCCAUUUGCAACGAGCAAACAUGCCCCACAAUGUCUGCUGGCCGAUUGACCUACACCUGGCUCGUUGACGGCCGUGCCGCCAAGAUUUCCGCACCCAAGUUCAUCAACCGCGUCGAGAAGUGGAUUGUCAGCAAGAUCCACGACCCUGUCAUGUUCCCCACCGAGAAUGUCACCGGCAUUCCCGAAACCUCAUCUACCCGAGAUGCAGCCGGCGCCGCCUCAAGCACCCCCGCAACCCCUGCCGACAGCACCAACCCGUCCGCAGAGGACUGGAUCGGCAAGUCCAGCGGUUUCCCCCAGACCUUUUACAAGGACUGCCAGGGUAUCAUGAAGCAGAUGUUCCGCUGCUACGCGCAUCUGUACCACGCCCAUUGGCUCAAUCCUUUCUGGCACAUCAACAAGCACGAUAUCCUCAACAUGUGCUUCGUCCACUUCGUGACCGUUGCCAAGUACUACCAGCUCGUUUCUGAUAAGGAGAUGGAGCCGAUGCAGCCACUGAUUGAUCUCUUCAUCAAGCAGCAACGGGUUCCACCCGAGGCGCUGAACGGUGGCCACUGGGCUCAACAGACCACCAACUGA